AUGGCACCUCAAACUAUCAACAUCAACUACACACCCAACAAGCGUCUCUCCCUGAUAGACGCCGACACAGGUACACCCCUCUACCACGUUAAAGUGAGCCGCCAGACUCCGCAAAUGGAGAUGAUUCGCCUGGGCCCAGAGCCAAGCCAGGAACAGCCCAGUUUCCCCGCUGAUGAAGAGACCUACUUCGCAUCCCGCGUCUCUACGGCUCAGUUCGCGUUAACUAGUUUAAAUGUAAAGCUGCGCAUCCGCGACCACCGUGAUAUCGAGCUGAAGAGAAAGUCUAUCCUCUCUACGAGUUACUUGUUUACUUCUCCGGCUCUCUCUGCCGCGGCGGCUAGGAUGAUGGCUCCGGCGGUGCUCUGCUGGGAGGCUGAUAACACGAAUAACACAGUGGGGGAUUUUCAGCUGGUUGUUGAUGCCACCAACGACUCGGAUCGCAAGGUACUUGUGCGAUUUUGCAACCAGUCUUUCUCAAAUGAGCGCGUGGGGACGUUUGAGUUAGACAGUGGUCUUGACCAGCUGGUGAAGGAUGAGGCUCACGGGGUCGGAGGAACAUUGAACCCCGGUGUAACAGAUUCCCAGACAGCGAUUGAUACUACUUUUCAAACGCCCUUGAGUGAGAAACAACGGCUCAAGCUUGAGAAGUUUGCCAAAAAGAAGAAGCGACAAGCACAACUAGCACAACAACCGAUCGCUGGUGUACCCAAGGAGGAGAAGCCCAAGAAGCAGGCUGUUGCCAUUGUGGAUUCCAAAGAUUGGGAAGAGGAGACACCACUGGACAGACGAAGAAAUUGA